AUGCUCCAAACCUUCUCCUCAAAGAUUGAGGAGGCUUUACCUCAACUCCUCGCAGCCCGUCUCGUUCAGCACUUCGAGGAGAUCGGUCCGGGUCUCUCAGAGGCUCAGUACGGGUUCAGGGCGGGCCGGUCGACAGUCGACGCCCUAGAUGCCCUGAAGACUCGGACGACGGAAGCGGUGGCCCGGGGGCAAGUCGUCCUGGCGGUGUCGUUCGACGUGGCGAAAGCCUUCAACAGUCUCCCUUUCGAGACGAUAUGGGAGGCACUCCGAUACCAUGGUGUGCCGACCUAUCUCAGGAGUCUGCUGGAGGCGUACUUCCAGGACAUUGAGGUCCUCUGGGCAAUGAGUCAAUGGUCAAUUAGAGGUUGGUCCGGCGUCAGAUAG